AUCUGCAGACCCACACACAUCUACAGACAAGCAUACACACAUCUCCCCCUCUCUCUCUUCCCCUCCUUUUUCUCCCUCCCUCCCUCCCUCCCUCCCUCUCUCUCUCUCCAUCUCCCCUUGUCUGUCAGUGUGAUCAAUGGCUUGACUUCCUCCUUUUGGUACGGCUGUAGGCUGUAUACAAGAACACAGGAAUCGCCUGGUGCUGCUCACAGUUUCACAGCAGCAGCAGCCAUCAGUGCUAAAGACAAUUAUAUCCAGAAAACACGCCGGAUUCCCUCUGCAGUCAAGAUGAGUGCAGGGGAUGUGGUCUGCACUGGCUGGCUCAUCAAAUCUCCCCCUGAGAAGAAACUAAAGAGAUACGCAUGGAGGAGACGUUGGUUUGUUCUUCAAAGAGGACGUAUGAGUGGGAACCCAGAUGUGUUGGAGUACUACCGAAACAAGACCUCAAAGAAGCCCAUCCGCACCAUCGACCUGAGAGAGUGUGAGGUUCAGAUGCAGACGGAGCAACGCCUGGUCAAGAGGGAGUUCCAGAACCAGCACCUCUUUGUUGUCAAGACGUCGUCUCGCAUGUUCUACCUGGUGGCCAAGACUGAGGAGGAGAUGAACAGUUGGGUCAGUCAGAUCAGGGAGAUCUGUCACUUUGGACCUCUGAGUAUGGAUGAUGGGACAGAAUCAGAGGAAGGUUUUUCGCACAACCCAACCUCCCAGCAGCCUUCACCUGCUCUCUCCCGAAAUAUGUCAUUCAUUUCCAACCAUGACUUCAUGGCCUAUGGCAACAGCAGAGUUGAGAUGCCCAGCCUGAUGAAUCCCAACCAUCCAAUGGACUACCUCUUCCUCUCACAGUGUGAGACAGGGAGGUUCAGCAUCUUUAGAUGUGACAGCUUUUCAAACUCUGAGCGAUCUCUGGAACAGAAUUCAUCAGACGCUACUACAGAAGAUGUCUUCUCUUCACCUGAUCCUUCUCGGUCUCCCUUUCCCCACACUGGACCAUCUCCGUCUCCCUUUCCCCACAUUGGACCAUCUCCGUCCCCCUUUCCCCACACUGGACCAUCUCCGUCCCCCUUUCCCCACACUGGACCAUCUCCGUCUCCCUUUCCCCACACUGGACCAUCUUCGUCCCCCUUCCCCCACAUAAGGAUGCAUGACCCCACUUUCAACGCCCCAUGUGGCCCCACGUCAUCCUCUUCCUCUCCUCGAACUCUCAACCGUACACCCGACAUCUUCCAGUUUGAUAAGCCAUAUUCUUCUGCCAUAUUGGAGGUAACUACUGAUGGACUAACUCCCCCUCCUCUGCCCCCCAAGUCUAUCUACCUCUCAGAGCACCUUAGUGAUGAGGGCUCCCAUGGGCCUCUGGAUGUGGUUGGGCAGCAGCUCACAGGCCAACCUGCACUCAUCCCCCGGAGGAUCUCUCUCUCAGGCCUGCCAGACCACUUCAGAAGAGACAUUGAGGGGAGUGCACUGAGGAGCAGGAACAAAAGGCUCAGUCUUAAUUUGCCACGUUUCAUUGCCACUCAAAGUCCAAACUGCCAUGAGGACUCGUACGUGCCCAUGGCCUCUCCAACUGUCUGUGUUGGUGAAGAUGUGUCGGACGGCUACAUCCCUAUGAGCCCCACUACAAUCAGCUUCCUCAAGGCUAAUAGCAAAACAGAGGCCCCUCUCGCUCCCACCCCCUUUCCCACUGCAGGUCUACCUGGGGAUUUAGAACCACCUCCAAUCAACAGGGAUCUCAAACCACGCAGGAGAGCCCGGCCUCCACCACUGGACCUGAGGGGCCUGUCCACUAUCAGAGAAUGUCCAACCCAUAUGCCACUGAUCAGAACCAUGACAGAGCCAGGAAAUUCACUGCAAGUCCUACUGGAGAGAAGACAAGGACAACUGGGAAUUACAGGAGACCAAGAAGCCAGCAGCAUUCCAACAGAGUCAAGGCCGCUGUUCUUCUCUACAAACGAGGGAGCCACCCAGCCGUGGCUUAGGAGAUCAAACCUUGACUACCUUUCACUGGAUUUCAAUUCCGCAUCCCCGUCUCCUGUGCAAAAGAAGCCCCUCCUUGCUGAUGAACACAGGGUGGACUAUGUGCAGGUGGAUGAGAAGAAGACUCAGGCGCUGCAGAACACUAAGAUGGAGUGGAAGGAUGUCCGGCAGUCUAAAGUGUAAAUCAGAUGGGAAAAAAACACGACUUUCCAUUUCACAAAACAAGUGGAGCAAAUGCAACAUCACAUACAAAAUCUGUGAUAAGAGAUGGUAAUUUACCUCAGAGAGAGCAGUUCUUCUUUCAUGUACAAAAUAAAAGCACUUUGAAAUGCAUCAGAUAUAAACAUCUAAGAGAGAAGAAAGUAGACAGUGUUGUCAAAGACAGUUUAAAUAACUGGUUUGUGGUUUUGGGGGCAUCAAAAUUCACUGUACAAAUACAGUGCCUUACGAAAGUAUUCGGCCCCCUUGAACUUUGCGACCUUUUGCCAACAUUUUUGCAAAAUUAUUCAGCCCCCUUAAGUUAAUACUUUGUAGCGCCACCU